UAUCCAGGUUAUUUCUAUUUAUUGUUUUUUUUUUCAACUUUGCAUAUUUUCCCUUUGAUUCGCACACUAGGGUUUUUAUUGAUCCCUUUCAAUUCCUAAUUUCCUCGCUGUUCUCAUACUCUGCACUCAUUUUCCCUUGAAGUUUCGAUUUUGACGUCGAUUGAAGACAACCGAUAAUUUUUCCAAUUGUUUAAUUAGGAAUUUUGAGUUUAGGGUGUUUUUUUUCCCGAUCCGAUAAGGAUAAAGGGAAUCAAUUUCCCGAUUGUGAAAACUAGGGUUUUCAACAAUGCCUCCGAGAACGGUGAAGCGUGGCGGCACUCCGGGAAGAAGGGGUGGAAGAGGAGGCCGGGGGCCCUCGAAGGCCGCGCAGAAUCAGCAGCAGCAGCAGCCGAACCCUGAAGCUGUGGAGGAAGCGGGGAAGCUCGAGGAGAAUCCGAUUAUGGAGGAUGAGCCAAAAGCCGAAGUGAACCCUGUUCUUGAAGAGAAACCUGUCGUUGUUGAAGAGGAGAAGCCCUUUGUUGAGGAACAAGCGAUUGAUAUGAAUCAAAUGGCCCCUGAAGCUGUAGAAGAAGCAGCGACAACACACGUGCAUAAUGGAUCAGCUGUGGCGAAAAACGAGGAAGAGGAGGUUAAGGAGUCUAUAGAUGAAUAUGAAAAAGAUGAACGGUUAGAUUUGGAGGAUAAUGAUCCCGAAUAUGAACCGGAGGAAUAUAUUGCAGUUGAUUAUGAUGAGAAGGAAAUUGAACAAGACGAGGUUCAUCAGGUGGUUGAUGAAGUAGAGGAAGAAACGGAGGAUAAUGCCGGUGAAGAAGAGGGUGACACAGGUGAGGAAGAAGUUGAAGAUGUUCAUGAUGAAAUUGAGGGUGAAGAAGAUGAGGAGCAUGCUGGAGACGAGCAUGAGCAUGCUGAUUUGGUUGAUGUGGAGGAAGAGGAACACCGUGAAGUUGUAAAGGAGAGAAAAAAGAGGAAAGAAUUUGAAGUAUUUGUUGGGGGCCUUGACAAGGAUGCUACUGAAGAUGAUCUGAGGAAGGUGUUCAGUGAAGUUGGGGUGGUCACUGAAGUCAGGCUGAUGAUGAAUCCUCAGACUAAAAAAAAUAAGGGAUUUGCGUGUUAGAGUGGAUUUAAAUCUGUUAUUGUAUGGAAUCAUAUGUUUUAAUCACUGCAAUUUCAGAUUAAUGGAAAACAAUGUGGUGUAACACCAAGUCAGGAUAGUGAUACCCUCUAUUUGGGAAACAUAUGCAAGACAUGGACAAAGGAAGCUUUAAAGGAAAAGUUAAAGCAUUAUGGAGUUACAAAUGUUGAGGAUAUAACACUAGUAGAAGAUAGUAAUGAUGAAGGAAAGAACCGAGGAUUUGCAUUUUUGGAAUUUUCCUCUCGGUCAGAUGCUAUGGAUGCAUUUAAACGACUUCAAAAGAGAGAUGUUGUGUUUGGAGUAGAUAAGCCUGCAAAGGUUUCCUUUGCAGAUUCCUUUAUUGACCCGGGUGAUGAAAUUAUGGCACAGGUCAAAACUGUUUUUAUUGAUGCACUCUCUCCUUCAUGGGAUGAAGAUUAUGUUCGGGAUCUUCUUAAGAAAUUUGGGGACCUAGAAAAGAUUGAACUUGCCAGGAACAUGCCAGCUGCCCGUAGGAAAGACUAUGGAUUUGUUACAUUUGCCACACAUGAGGCUGCAGUAAGAUGUGCUGAAAGUAUUAGCGGUACAGAGUUGGGUGAAGGUGACAAGAAGGCAAAAGUUAGGGCUAGGUUGUCAAGACCACUUCAGAGAGGCCGUGGAAAACAUAUCAGUCGUGGGGACUACCGCCCUGGUCGUGGUUCUGCAACAAUGGCCAGGCCUUCAUGGAGCCGACCUGCACCACGUAGUUUUCCUCCCCCUCGCACGGUUAGGGGAAUUGGAAGUCGUCUUCCACCAGUCAGGCCAGUUAGUGUGAGAGAUAGACGUCCUAUCAUGUCAGUGCCAGUAAGAAGUAGGCCUAUGCCUCCUCCAGCCAGAUCCUAUGAGAGGAGACCUCCUCCUCCUACAUAUCCUAAAGUUAGUACGAAGAGAGAUUAUGUUCGACGUGAGGACAUACCGCCUCCUAGAAGUAGAGUUGCUACAGAUUAUGGUUCAAGGAUGGCCUCUGAAAGACGUCCAUCAUACAGGGAUUAUCCAGCCCGUGGUCCUGCAUAUUCUGAUAUUCCAAGAAGUACGGCUCGUGCUGCACCAAGGAGAGGUUACGUGGAUGAUGGCUAUGGCCAAAGAUUUGAGAGGCUUCCCCCUCCGCCACCCUCUGCACACAUGAGUUACCGUGAAGGACGACCCCGCGACUAUGAUGCCCUCUCUGGCUCAAAACGUUCUUAUGCUUCCAUUGAUGAUGUUCCUUCACGAUAUGCGGAUACUAGUGCUCGUCAAUCAAGAGCUCGUUUGGACUAUGAAUAUGGUGGUAGUGGUUCUCAAUAUGGAGAUGCUUAUGGUGACAGGCUGGGAAGAUCUAGUCUGGGGUAUGGUGGAAGCAGCAGAAGUUCAAUGUCUAGUCAGGAUUCCCAUGGGAUGUAUAGCAGUCGACAAGGCAUGGGUUAUGGUGGAGGUUCCUUUGGUAAUAGUGAUGUUGGUGGGAUGUACUCAUCAAGUUAUGGUGGUGAUUACAUUUCACGAGGAAGUGAUGUUGGAGGCAGCUCAUACUCAACUAUGUAUUCUGGCAGGGGUGUGGGUGGUAGUAGCAGUUACAUGGGUGGUGGAGGUGGCUCCGGCUCUUAUUAUUAGGGCUGGCGAAAGGCUUCACACUGGUCACCAGUGUACGUGUCUAUGAACAGAUCUGAUAUACUAAAGAGGCUGCAUAGGAUGAGCUUUGAAGCUUAUGCAGGUUAUGAUGUCUACAAUUUGGAGAAAGGACCUCUGCUAAUUACUAUAC